AUGAGAAUCAAUUUCUUUACCACAGUUGCGCUAGUAGCAACUGCUGUCGCACUCCCACACGACAACGAUCUUCGUGGCAGCCCGGCUGCCCUCGAGAAAAGAGCGGCUGCUUCAACCACGACAUCCGCCUCGUCGAAAUGCACGGCAGGUGAUACUUCAACUACUGAUGGAGUCCAGGCUAUCCUGGACUCCACCGGCGCCAUUGACUGGUUGGACAUCAUGUUUGACUCAUUGCCGAAUGGCGAAAAGGAUUGGGUCAACAGCCUCUGGAAGGUCAUUUUUCCCAACGAGGGUACCUCCCCUCUAACUGGCUGUGGUGAUAUUGGAGGGGACUGUAACCCCGACGAUAUGUGCUCCGACUACUCGUCUGUGAUGGGAUAUUGGACACUGCGCUCUGUUGGUAUCCUACACAGCAAGAUAAACGCUGUCCGUGCACAGUUGCUUUGGACCGGAUGGCUGGAUGGCCUGUCCAUCGACCAGAUUAGCAAGGACUUCUCCACCGUCUCACCGGACCAAGAAUGGGCAAAAUGGAUCUCUGCUGCAUUCAGCAUGGCCGGUGGAAUUGCAACUGGAAUUGAUCUAGGCAAGCCUCUCCGUGGCAUGAUCGGGUUUGCAGCUGCAGGUCUCACGGAUGUGUCUCUCACUAAGGGAGGAUCGGAUGCAGUUGAUACGACAUCUGUGGAAAACACUUUGAGGAACAUCGUUGGUGCCGCAGGCAACUAUAUUGCUAGCAUAUUGACCAAUGCAACUGGUGGAGGUGACUCUACUACUCUUCCCAUCUACACUUACACGACCCUCGAGCAUGGUACUUCUCGAUUCUUUGCCGACAACACUAUUCUCCUUGAUGAGAACAAGGAUAAUUCCUCCUUUAUCGCAGCCUACUCGACCUUUGCUGAUAACGUCGAGAAAAAACUUGUCGACGCUGCCAUGAAGACAGCAUGGUAUGUCCUUGUGGGCGAGGAGGGUACCAAGGAAGGAGACUGCACCAUGACCGGAGCCUACUGGCUCGAAGCUAAGAGCGGCGAGUAUCGUUGCUUCUACCUCACACGCCCCAGUGAUUCUCACAACUGCGGCGACAGCGAUCCUAAGACUUGUGUUUCCGAUGCCUGGCAGCAACCCUAUCAAGCAAACAACAAAAUGGACACAGGUGUAUACACUAAACUGACUAAUACAUAUGGCUUUGACAUCAAGGCAUAUUAUGUGUCGUUGAUUGAUUGCUAUCUGAAUGGCAACGGGGAAGUCGAUACGACUGCUACUACCAAUAACGGCCAGAUCCCCCGAUGUUUCUACAACGGCUAUGUGAGAAGUGGGUAUUGGUAUGAUGACGGUACACUGAUGCUGAAUCUUUUCUUUAACGAUUUCUGA